CCAAGCUGAGAUACAGUCCGUGUGAGCUCUCUGACAUCCAUCUGCAGUCAUGCCUUCAAACACCGCCGCCAGCAUGUUCGGAGGAGCCGGGGGAAGAGGAUCCAGGGCGUCCGUGGCGAGCCUCCAGGGGCUGCGCAACGUCCUGCGCAACGAGACGGACGCCCCGCGCCCCGCGCCUGUCGCUCAGGCCGCACCUGCUGCUCCGGCCGCUCCCGCAGCGCCCGCAGCGCCCGCAGAUGACAAGCACACUCUGCGGGGUCUCAACGACCGCCUGUCCGGCUACCUGGACAGGGUGAAGCAGCUGAGGGAGGAGAACGACAACCUGGAGAAGCAGAUCGAUGAGAUCCUGGCCAAGAGGAAGACACCUGAGGGUCGAGACUGGGAUGAGACCGAGAAACCCCUGGAUGCGCUCAAGGACAAGAUCAAAGAUAUCGCCCUGGACAAUGCCAAGCUGCUGCUUCAGAUCGGCAACACCAAGUUGGCCAACGAGGACUUCAAGAACAAAGAGGAAGGUGAGACAAAGGCCCGCAAGGAACUGGAAAACGACCUGGAGGAUCUGAAGAGGACGGCUGAGGACACCAAGCGGAGCUGCGAGCAGUCGAAGAAGGAGACUGACCUGGUGAAUGAGGAGCUGCAGCGCCUCAAGAGAGAACACAAAGAUGAUGUGAACGGCCUGUGUGAGAAGAUCAAGGAGUCUGAGGUCAUUGUCGAGAUUGACUCCAAGAACUCCAACCUGGCCGAUAAUCUCAACAAGAUCCGCAGCCAGUAUGAUAAACUGGCCAAGACUAACCUAAAGGAGACUGACGAUUGGUACCAGAGCAAGUUUGAAAACAUCAAGGUGGUGGAGGCCCAGAACGUGGAGGUCCUGCAUUCUGGAAAGUCAGAGCACCAGGUUCUGCUCAAACAGAAACAAAUGCUGGAGAUUAAGAUCCAGGGUUUGCAGAGCACGAUCCGAAACCUGGAGGAGAGCCAGAGGAACACCGAGAUGGAGUACGGCCAACGCCUGGUCCCUCUCAACGUGGGGAUCCUCAACCUGUCGGCGGACUUGGAGAAGGUGAGGUCCCAGGUGGAGCACCACGUGGACAACAACAAGGACCUGCUGUGCGUCAAGAUGAAGCUGGAGUCGGAGAUCAAUAGCUACCAGCAGCUGAUCCACGGGAUGACCACUGAGCCUGAGAGAACGGCCAAAGCCUGACAACCGGGUGCCGGAGAAGCAGCAGAGAGUGAAGGAAGAGGAAGCUGCUGUGAAGAAAGAGAAGAACCCAGAGAACAAGUCCAGCCCUCCUGCUGGAGGAGACCCCAUCAAGGCCGAGAAGGUCGCUGCCAAUAAUGCAGAGGCUCCAACUGCCCCGAACGGCAAAACCAAAAAGAAAACCAAGAAAACAGAAAAGAAAACAGAAAAGAAAACAAAGACCAAAGCUAAGAAGGGUUCAUCGUCUUCCUCCUCAUCAUCUUCCUCCUCCUCCUCCUCUUCUUCCUCCUCCUCCUCCUCCUCCUCCUCCUCCUCUGAUUCCGAGAAGGAAGAAGAUAAGCCCAAGACGGAGGAGGAAGUCACCAACACCUGACCUUAAAAAGCUAAAAUGUUUUCUGUCAAUCAGCCAAGUUUCAUAUUAACCGACUGUUGCUGCCAAACCUGAAAUGCUUCCAUGAGGUUGUUU